CGUCACCGGCUAACGAGGAAGUGGAUCAAUUCCCGCCCUCUUUAGUUACUUGGUUUGGUUUCACUGCGUAUUUGUUUUUAUGAGCAGUGAUGAGGCGGACAAGAAGUUCUCAAAGCAAAACUUUGCAACAAAAUGAAGAAGUUCAGUCUCAAAAAGUUUGGCAGUGGCAGGGAGAUGAAGGUCAGUGGGAACAAUACUCGUCGUCGGACUGCGCCUUGUUGGACUCGGCCGUCGCUGCGGGGAGAACCACAGUCUCUCUGACUUUGGGCUCUGGCGUGGUCUACAAAGUGAACCUAAAGAAUAUGGUCCAAGUCAAUCCUAUCAGCAAGUACAAGAGGAAAAUUCGCUUUCAGCCGAUGAAAGCAGAAGGUUCUGGUGACACCGGUGACAUCGGCGCCCCAAAUGAUGAUCCAGUUGAAGUGAAACAGGAAGAGGAGGAGAACGAUGAGCAGCCAGCUGAGAGAGGCAAGAGGAAACGAAGCCAGAGCAAGAGUGAGGGGAAAUCUAACAGACGACUCAAAGGAGAAACGCAGGAAGAAGAAAUUGUGAAGACGGUGGUCAUGAAGGGAAAAGCUCCAGUGGAUACAGAAUGCAAAGCCAAGCUUGGGAAGGCUCAUGUUUACAGUGAAGGAGGUGAUGUGUACGACGUGAUGAUGAACCAGACCAACCUUCAGUUCAACAACAACAAAUAUUACCUGAUGCAGCUGCUGGAGGACGACGCUUCCAAGACAUUCAGUGUGUGGAUGAGGUGGGGCAGAGUGGGAAAAGUGGGUCAAAACAGCCUGACGGCAUGCGGUGGAGAUCUAUUAAAGGCCAAAGAUAUCUUCAAGAAGAAGUUUUUUGACAAAACCAAGAACGAGUGGGAGCACAGAGCGAGCUUUGAGAAGGUGCCUGGCAAGUACGACAUGGUUUACAUGGACUACAGUACAAGUUCAAAGGAAGAGAAAGAGGACCAGCCCGUGGCCAAAGUGUCAAAGAAGACCUCCAAGCUGGACAUGAAGGUCCAGUCUCUCCUUGAGCUCAUCUGUGACCUCAAAGCCAUGGAGGAGGUUGUUCUGGAAAUGAAGUUUGACACUCGCAAAGCUCCCCUUGGCAAGCUGACGUUAGAGCAGAUCAGCGCGGGCUACACGGCACUUAAGAGGAUCGAGGCGUGUUUGAAGCGUAAAGAUGGCGGCCGCGAUCUGGUGGAAGCCUGCAACCAGUUCUACACCCGCAUCCCGCACGACUUUGGACUGAAAACUCCACCCCUCAUUCGGACAGAAGAGGAGCUGAAGGCUAAAAUUGAGCUGUUGGAGGCUUUGAGGGAUAUUCAGAUUGCAGUCAAAGUGGUUCAGAACAGCGAAAACUGCGACGAGCAUCCUCUGGACCGACAGUACCGCUCCCUCAACUGCCAGCUGUACCCUCUAGAUCCCCUCAGCCAGGAGUACAAGGUGAUUGAAAAAUACCUGCAGUCCACUCACGCCCCUACCCACUGUGACUACACUAUGAGCGUGCUGGACAUCUUCACCGUGGACAGAGACGGCGAGAGGGACCACUUCCUGUCACAAAUACACAACAGGAUGCUGCUCUGGCACGGGUCUCGCCUCUCUAACUGGGUCGGCAUCCUCAGCCAGGGGCUCCGAGUGGCACCGCCCGAAGCUCCCGUCACUGGUUACAUGUUCGGCAAAGGCAUCUACUUUGCCGACAUGUCAUCAAAGAGCGCCAACUACUGUUUUGCCAGAAACCACGACCAAGUCGGGCUGCUGUUGCUCUGCGAGGUCGCCCUGGGAGACUGUAACGAGCUUCUGGACUCCAACUACAAUGCUAACAACCUGCCGGUUGGAAAACACAGCACCAAGGGCGUUGGACAGACUGGACCUGACCCCAAAAACUCGGUUACCCUGAACGGAGUGACCGUGCCGAUGGGGCCGGGCGUGAAGACGGCGGCGGUGGCAGGCAGGGGGAGCGGUUACUUGCUCCUCUACAACGAGUUCAUCGUCUACAACCCAGCCCAGACACGCAUGCGCUAUCUGCUCCGUAUCAAAUUCAACUACUCAUCGCUGUGGUGAUGGACGACUCGGCUAAAUAAUGCAGCUGAAACAAAUUUAGCUUUUUAUUUAACAGAAUGAGGUCAUUUCAAACAUCACAUUGGUGAUUUGAUGUGUCUUACUGCUCAAUAUUGUUGAAGAACGUGAUUUACGGUUUAAGGCCAUGUCCACACAAUUGCAGCUAUUCUUAGAAUGGUAUGUCAAGGUACUGUAUAUAAUGUCCUGUAGGUCGCUGAACACAAUAGUUUGCAAAAAUGCAUGUGGCUUUUCCCCCCAAAAUCUCCAAUCUUCUGAUUGGCUAAUUGGUUUGGCAAGCAUUAGCUUUUAAAAGUUACUUAUGGACAUAGCCUUAAUUCAUUGUAUAAUGCAGUGAGUGUAAAAGGAGCGUUGUUGAUCAUCCAUUUUUAAACAGAAAGAAAAAUAAAGGAAAAUUUGAGUCUUUCACCGCCUCCCGAGCA